UAAAACACAGUAAAAUAAAACAUCAAAAAAGAGCAGCUUUAAAGGAUACAUUUGAAAAGUUGUUACGAUUUAAAUAAAAAUAAAAAAUAAAUACAAAAGUAUUUAAAAUUACAAGCAACACUAACUGACAUCCAGAUCAGAGCAGACAUGUGACAUUUUUAAAGUUGAUAGAACAUUAUGACGUAUUGUGUUGUUUGAGUGAGUGAAACAGUAAUACAUCAUACGUAACUAUUCUAAAAUCAAUCCAACCAAAAAUAUAUAUACUUUUAUCUUUAUCUUACACACAUACACAGUGGUUUAGUGCAUCAUAUAUAUUUGUAUUUGAAUGUGUUUAAAAGUGUUGUAAUUGUAAAUAGAAAGGGCAUUAUAAUACAUUUUGGAUUUAUAAGCUGCAUACCUGUUUUUUAAAUGGACCCCUAAGUAACACUGGACUAUUGCUUAUUGCCAGAAAGGUGCGGUGGCUGCAGCCGGCCUGUGAUGCUGGGCAGCCCCGCCGCAACGGGUCCAGGAGGAGGAGGUGACCGUGCAGCCACCCUCUGGCCCCCAACACCACCCGCAUCUAUAUAUCCACCAUCACAUCAUCAUCCACAUCAUCAACAACAUCAUACAACAGUCAGUAGUGGCAUCACUACCUCUGUGGGGGCCACACCACUUGCUGCCCCCGCUUGCAUCUCUAGCGGUACUAAUAAUUCCAGUACUGCUGAAGCAUUUAGCCGAUACGGUUUGUAUUCGGUAUUCCCUGGUGGAGCAGCAGCCGCCGCUGGAGCAUUCUAUUCACACGCUGCCGCCGCCACUGCGGGAGCGUUCGGACGUCCACCGACUGCUGCCACAUACUACGCACAACAUAAAUUAAUCUCAGAAACGGCUGGAUGUUACUCAUUUGGGGCACCAACACCUCCACCUGGUUCACCAUACUCCCCGUUACCAGUCACACAUUUAGAAUUACUUGCAAAAAGUUUUAACAAUAAUAGUAUUAUCAUACAACAAACACCACAAGAUUUUACAAGUGCUACAUUACAACAACAACAAUUACAACAACAACAACAAAAUAUAACAUUUAAUAAUAACAAUAUUAUUAAUUCAAUAAAUAACAAUAACAACAAUAACAAUAACAAUUAUAACAAUUUAAAAUUACAAAAAGAUAAUAAUAAUACAAUAAUAACAACGGAUAAACAACAACAACAACAACGAAUGCUUGCAUUGGAUGAACAACAGCCUCAAUUAAAGCGAUGGAUGAAUACAUGUUCAACAUUAUCACCAUUAUCUGUUAAAACUGAGAAUAACUGUUAUUCACCAAUAACAACAACAAUUAAUUCAAACAAUAACAAUUGUAAUAACAACAACUCAGCGAAGGCCCAACAACGUUCAGUUUGUGGCUGUCGCAAUAAUAUUGCAUCACCAUCACAUAAAAAUAAAUUAGUGGACGGGGGGUGUAGUCGUACAAACCCGUGGACACCAUCAUCAGGUUUGCAGGCUUGCAGUGAUAAACAUCAAGCCGUAGUGACUGGAAGCGGAGGAGGGACAGGAUUAAUUGGACCGAUACACGUACAAGUGAAACGUGAACCAGCAACAACACCUGCAUGUCAAGUGGCUGAGAUCACGACAAGUAAUAAUCAUCAUACGAAUGCAAUUGUAAAAGUUGAAGCGCCAUCACCGACAAGCGUUACGACUUUAUCACCAAAUAUCACUGAUAAUAAUAGUUCGUCAAUUGUACAAACUAUGUCGUCAAUUACAACAUGUACCACUGGUAAUGGAACGAUUCCAGUUGGUAUUGCAGUUGCAAGGCAACGACUGCAACAAGAGCUUACACCAACGUUACAGCCUUCUGGUGGAUUACUUACAACAGCAACUGGUCCUGCUCAAAUUAAAGAAAUUGAUUCAGCAUCAGUUGCAGCUGCAGCCAUGACAGUAGGUGUUACAACAAAUGGAGGUGGUUCAAUUGUACAAUGUGGUGAUGAUCGUACAAAUAAUAUGACAUCAUGGCCGCUCCCAUCAGCGCAUGGCUCCACCUUGGCCGCGCCUACUCUAUGGCAAUAUCCUGCAGCACCAGUACCUAUGGAACCAAUGUUACCAGUACCAGUACCAAUGCCACCUGUUGGAUUCCAACUGGUUAGAGAUCCAACAACUGGACAUUUCUUCGUAAUACCAACAACUAGUUUUGACCAACUUCAACAAGCUGUUGUGUGGCCCAGUUAUCCACAACCAUCGUCCCACGUACUUUUACCACCUAUUCCACCACCACCGUUGGCGCCACUACAAUUAUUGGGCUCCACGACAUCCGAUUAUUUAGCAACGGCCUCAACUACAUUACAUCAACAUACACAGACGCAUAGUACACGAUUGGUGGCAUUAACAACCGAUAACAAUAAUAAAAGAAAACCAAUAUCAUUACCAUCACAUACUCUCAUUAAAAUUGAAUCCGAUUGUACACCCUCGGAUCAACAAACAACGAAAACCUUACAAACGUUACAAUCAACAAUGGCGGCUACAAACACAGGCUGUAAUGCUACAACAAUGUUUACCGAUCAAAGCAUAACACCAUUAUUGACAACACAUGUCUUCUAUCAACAUCCAACGAAUUUAAUACAAAUUGCACCACAGGCGUCGGUUCAACCGACUGUGGAAGCUGUUUGUCGUUCCCAAGCGACAUCUCCUGUAGCAUGUCUAACACCUCCACCAGAGACUAGUAUGCAGGAAGCAGAUGAUAGUACUUGUUUACCUGGGGUACAAGAUGCAAGCAAUCAAACUGAUACACCAAUAUGUAGUGAGGAUGAUAAUACCACACCAAACGAACGUGAUAAUUACUAUAUAGCUCCAACAUCAGACCAUCAACCUCAAACGCCAUUACAACAAAUGCAAGACUUAAAAAUACCAGUUAUUGUACCACCAACUUCAACAAUAAUGACACCGAACACACCGAAUACACCGAAUAACGACGUUAAAAUACAAAUAUCUACGGCAAUAACAACAACACAAAUUACGGAAAUGAGACAAUGCCUACCAAUCACAAUCAUGUCACAAAUUGAACCCACGAAACCAUCCACGAAGAUUGUUGAAAUCGUUGAACCAGAAUCAUCAACGAAGGAGAUUGAUUCUGCGCCAACAUCCUGCAAUACUAGUUUGGAAAAUGAUGGGGGAGAACAAGUAGUUUCAACGACGACCGCAAGUAAUACAACUUACUCGAAUGUUGAUAUUAGUGGCUUAGAAUUACUAUCAAAUAGUAUUGUUGAGCUAGAAAAUUAUCGAAAUAGUUUUGAUGCAACUCCUGUUAAGAUUGAAAAAGAUCUUGAUGAAGAAAUCAAAACUAAUGAAACAGAAGCAGAAGAAUAUCAGAAAACUCCCGGAGAGGAUGUGGUUGUAAAGAAAAUCGCUGACAUGUCAAUAACAGAUAAAAAUAAAGGUAAAGAUAGUGAAGUAUGUGGUGAAGAACAAACGGAUGAUUUAGGCGGCUUAGGUUUAUUAUGUGCUUUAGCCGAACAACGUAUUAUGGAAGAAGUCACCGAAAAAACGAUUCCAACGCAACCAAUUAAAUUUGAAAAACAUGUCGACAUUGAUUGCAAGAAAAAAUUGAAGCGUUGUCUCGAAGAACGAUAUAGUUUAGACAGUAAUAAAAAAUUUAAAGUUGGUGAUUUUGAAUUUGAACGUAAACCACAAAUCAAAACAGUUCCGGAGGAAAAACUUAUAGAAAAACCAUGUGAUAAAGAAAUUGAACAAACGGAGGAGAAAAUAACAAGUGAUGUAUCCGAAUCCAUAAAACCAUGUUGUAAUAAAAGUGAUUGGUCGAAAAUGAACGAGCUAGAAAAAGAUAUGCGAUUACGUUUAGCGGAAUUACAACGGCAGUGUAAUGAAAAACAAAUGGAAUUAAAAAAACUAGCACCACAGAUUGAUGUUAUGGAACAGAAUAAAAAGACACUAAGAAAGUCGAAAUCAAAAUCGUUAGAUUGCGAUAGACGAUCUUUAUCUCCACCGAAAUUGGAAAAACAAGAACCAAUAAGAACCGAAACAACCGAUUUAUUAAAACCGCCAGUUUUGAAUACAAUUGGAAACCAUGGAGAAAUAUCACAUAAACGAAAACUUUCGCCACCAGAGCUAAGUGAAGUAUUAAGUGAUUCAACCACACCCUUUGAAAAAUUCUCUUCAUCGAAAAAACGUAAGGUUGGUCGACCAAAAAAACUAUCAACGCCUGAUUUAUGUGAGGCAACUGAAAUGAUUGUUGCAAAAAAACCAAAAAGUCUUGUCGGGUAUUUAUUAGCCGCAAAGAAUCGAUUACACUCACAAAGUAAAAGUUGUUCAAAUUCUUCAAGUCCUCCACGGUACAAUAUUGAAGACUCCCCAAGUCCAAAACCGAAAUCUAAAUCACAUAAAAGAUCGAAAUCAAUUUCGAAAUCCGAAAAAAAGAAGAAAUCAUUGAAUAAAAAACGUGAUAAACAUAAUGGUAGCAGUAAAGUACGUCCAAAAUUAAAAGCCGAACCAAAAGUGAAAUUAUUCUCUGAUGAAGAAGAGAACUCAUCUUCGGAAUGGUCACCAGAAGAUUCAUCUCGAAUGGAAGAAGAUGAUGAUUAUGAAGAUGAAGAGGAGGAAGAUAAAGAUGACACUGAAGUUGAUGAUAAAAAUGAUGAUUUUGAUGAAUCAUCGAAUGUGUCCGAUGAAACAAAUGAAACGGAAACAAAAGACAUGCGAUGUGUUUUAACUUCUGAACACUUAGAAAUAGAUAAACUAAGGGUAUUAACUUCUAUGGGUGGACUCUUUUAUGCGGGGGUAUUAAGUGCUAUUCAAGCACCAGAUAUUUAUGCAAUAACUUUAGAUGGUGAGAGAGGUAACAGACCACAUAUUAUGUCAAGAGAAGAGAUACUUAGAGAUGCGAUAUUGGAAGUAUCACCAGCCACUACUCAAGAACUGUUACCCGGCACUCGAUUAUGUGCAUAUUGGAGUCAACAAUAUCGAUGUUUAUAUCCUGGAACGGUAGCUGAACCAGGUACUCCUGAUCCGACAUUAGAUGAUCGAUUUGUAUGUGUUGAAUUCGAUGACGGUGAUAGUGGGCGUAUUGCUUUAGAAGAUAUUCGAUUGCUACAAGCUGAUUAUCCAAUUGUUGAAUACGAUCCAAAUCCCCUACUAAGUUUAAGUAAACGUAAGCGACGAAUUUCCAUGAAUAGUAAUGUCGAAGAACGUCGACUGAAUGUACAAUCUACAAACGUAUUAAACACAGAUUCUAAAACAAAUACAGAAAUGAAAAUAAAAUCAGAUAGUCGAAAUGAAAAUAACAUGUGUACUAAACUGAAACCGACUAAGAAACAUCGCAAAGAACGUAAGAAGUUGAAGAAACACCGCCGUGAUAAAUUGAAAAAAUUAAUGAGAAAUGGUGAAGAAAAGAAACGAAAGAAGAAGCAUAAAUGUUGUGAUGAACAUUGUAAGCAUCGUCGACAUCAUAAGAAACAUCGAAAACAUAGAAAGCAUCAUCAUAGCAAUAAAAAUAGAAAUGGUGACAGUAACAUGACAAAUAAUGUUACAAUCAUUGAUGAGACUGAAAAUGAUUUAGUUGAGUAUGACGAGCAAGCUCUUGAAGAAAAUGCCAUACAAGAAAACCCAUCAGAUAGCUACGAAGAAGAAAAUGUUGCAUCUGAACAAGACGAUGUUGAACAAGAGGAUAAUGAAGAUAAUGAUGACGAUGACGAAGAAGACGAAGUAGAGGAGGAAGAAGAAGAAGAGGCAGAAGAGGAAGAACAAGAUAAUAAUGAGGACGAUGGAGACAUAGAAUCAGACAACACAGUUUCUGAGAAGAAAUCUAAAAAAGUAAGAGAAAGACAAGAAUCUGUGGAAAGUAGAAGUAAAAUGGCAGCAUUUUUACCAGCACGACAGUUAUGGGGUUGGUCUGGUAAAGGUUAUAAACGACCUGGUGCUAAAGGACGAGCUAGAAAACAGUUUUUCAAAACUAUACAGCGUGGAAAAGAAACUAUUUCGGUUGGAGAUGCUGCUGUAUUUUUAUCAACUGGACGACCAGAUCGACCAUACAUCGGUCGUAUAGAAGCAAUGUGGGAAUCAUUACGAAACAGUAUGGUCGUUAAAGUUAAAUGGUUUUACCAUCCAGAAGAAACAGUUGGAUGUCCAUUAAAUUUACAAUACCCGGGUGCUCUAUUUGAAUCACCACAUGUAGAUGAAAAUGAUGUACAAACGAUCUCACAUAAAUGUGAAGUAUUACCAUUAAAAGAUUACACUAAUAAAUUAGGAUCAGAUCCACAACGUUACGAAACAAUAUACGAUAAUAAUGAUAUUUAUUAUCGAGCUGGUUACUAUGAUCCAACAACGACCACUUUAAAAAUGGAACCAGAUAUUCCAUUGGCUGCUGUUGAAUAGCAUACCGCUCAACAUAUUAGAAUCAAGAUAAUAAAUGGUCAUAUUGACCACAGUGAGGAUAAUUAAAAAUAAUAAAACCCAAGUACAAACCUUCAGACAAUUUUAAUAAAGUUCCAUUGAAUCAUGAUGGGUCCAACAUCGUUAUUUAUUAUGUUGGAUACAUCAUGUUCGAUGAAUCAACUUAACAAAACUUUUAAAAGA